AUGGCGACCUCGAUCGGCUCAGAUGUCUUUGCAAUUCUGGCUUUCUUGGUCAUCUCUAUUGCCGUUCUCCUCCUUCUGCGGCACUAUCUGCCUCUCCGGACCACUCCCGCCUUUCUCCUAGUUCCCAUCUUCCUCGCCCUAGUCCUCCCCAUCAGUGCUAUUUUGUUAGUACCGAUCGACCUUGCUUCGAGCGCUCGAGAAGGAAGUCAUGGCGGCAAGGGAAUAUGGCUGCCGCCAAGAGCCGUAUUGGUCUCGUGGAGGAUUGUGUACUGGUUAACCUUCAUGUUGACUUGGGUGGUCCUCCCUCUACUGGGUGAAUACAUGGACGCAGGCUACCGCGAUUCAAAAUCUCGCAUGACAUAUUCACUGCGGUCCAAUGCUCGAUACCAACUCAUUGUCCUGGCUUGCGCCGUCGCGGGAUUGGUCUACAUGAUCUUUUCGUAUGGCUUCGAUUUCACAGCCAUUCGCGCAUUGAUCAUGGCCCUUGCCUACGUCUGGGGCCUCAUCCUCGCCAUCUACCUCAUGGGACACGGGUUGGUUGCAAUUCCUAGAAAGAUGUUCAGGCGAUCCGACAUUGCUGGUAGUCUGCGCGCUGUGCAGAGUCGAGCGCCGAAAGUGCACGAGAAGCUUGAAGAUGCCAUCAUCUCCCUGGACGAGCUCGAGGCGCAGGUCAUGCAACUCAAGCAGCGGAAGACUGGCACAGCCCGCGAUUUUCAAGAAUGGAUUGAUGAGCUCGUCGACCUCACCGGCCAGUCAGAAUCUCGCAUCUUCAGCAAUCCCGCCACAUUCGAGGCGUCGGCCAAAGUGCCAGCUGUUAUCACUGAACGCUAUUUGGCCGACUUGACACGCCGCCUCGUGCGUGCCAGACACCGAAGAGCCCGAUAUAUCCUCGAGUGGGACGGCAUUGUCCAGUCUGCGUCUGUUCUACAGGCCAUCAUGGACUCAAAAGCGUCCAAGAAACUCGACUUCCGGCGCUCUUCGUCUCGCUUCUCCCUCCUCACCCCGUUUAUGCGCUAUCACCUGCAUGUUCAUAUCGUUCCAGCCUUACAGUUAACGCUCGGAGGCCUAUUCUCGCUUGCCUCGCUGGCAAUAAUAUGGUCUGAGAUCAUCAAAUUCCCGGCACCGCAUCUGUCUGCGGUAAGCUUGACCGUCAUACACCACCCGAGCAAUAUGGACUAUCAGAUUGGUCUUGGUGGCCAAAUUCUAGCUUCUUGCUGGAUAACAUACAUGUGCGCAUGUGCGUUGUUCAGUGUCAACGAUGUGCCGACGUGGAAUCAGCGUGCGCUGGUCAAACGAAACACCUAUGCUGAAUCCGCAUGCUGGUAUGCUGGCCAGAUUGCCAAACUCACCGUACCUUUGGCAUACAAUUUCUUGACGUUCCUUCCCCGCGACAUCCAACAGUCUAGCACCUUCUACCAGUUCCUCGGACGAUUCAUCAACCUCACACCGCUGGGGACGUGGUUCGACUAUCUCUUCCCAAUAUUCAUACUUAUCCCAGUGUGCGCCACCCUGUUCAAUAUGUAUGGUCGGAUCAAGAGCGCCUUUGGUUUUGAUAUAACGGAGGAUGAAGACGAGGAAUUGAACCCUUCCGGGUUCGGAACUGGAGGGUGGAGAGAGGGCCGGGAUCUCAUUGCGCGAGAUAUUCAAGGCAACCGCUCGAGCACGUUAGGGCUCAGCGACUCUCCGCGGCACAGUCUUGACGGCCCCAGACGCCCGCGCGAUGCUCCCACAAGAUGGGUGCCUCCCGCGCAACGGCCGGCAGGUCCAGGUACGGCGAACAGAUCGGCGGCACGAACCCUCGAUCCGGAACCAGAAGAAGAGAACUUCUUCACGCUCUUUGGCCGCCGGGUGAAGAAUACAAUCGACACAAUCGACACGCCGAAAUGGAUGCAGCCGACUCGCUCGACGUCGGGCCUGGGUGGCGGCGGCGGCGGGUUCAAGAGGCCGAAGUGGUUGGGUGGCAGCAGCGACUCUGCUGCGUCCAACUCAGCGCCAGGUCAGGCCCCAGAGAGCAACAGUGCGAAUAACAGCAACAAUAUCCUCGGCCGGUUCGGGUCGAGAGGCGGUGACGGACGCAUCAUGAUCUAG